AUGCCCCCCUGGGCCCUCCAAAUCACACUGGAGGAUAAGCCAGUUAGGGCUAGCGAUAGUGCCGAUGACAUAAACGUCUGCGUUGCCCUUAGUACCGCUCUACUCCUUCUUGGCGAUUUCGACCAGAACGCCAAGUUGAGCGAAUAUGAAAACUAUGCUCUGAUGCUCCAGCGCUCUGUCCAACAUGCUCAUUCCUUCUCAAUACAAUCCUUUGAGAACCGGAAAGAAUUGGCCGAUAAGAAGAGAGAAGUUGCCAGUCUGCAAAAGGCCAAUAAAAGCUUGCAAUCCAAGAUGAAGACCUUGGAAGAUCAAGCCGAGGCUGCUAUUAAGGCCCAAAAUGUCGCCAAAGAAAACGCAGAAUCUGCCGAGGCCAUUAAGAAGGUUCUUGAGUCUGAAAAGAGAGAGGCCGAAGAAAAGAUGACCCAGGCCAAGAAGGAACUUCAAGAAGCCCUGGCCACAAAAGAGACUGAAGUCAAGGCCGCCGAUGAGAAGGGCUAUAACGAGGGGGAGGCUGCUGGGACCAAGUCCCUUUCUCUGAACGAGCAAGUCCUGGACUUGACUCAAGAUGAGAAGGGUGAGGAAGUCCCCAAGGAUGCCACUCCUGAGAAGCCGUUAUCGGACAUGCCUCUUGCCGAAAGGAGCCUCGAUCUAACCCUUCAAGAAAUUGAUGCCGAGCUUGCGGCUAAGAAGGCUGCCGAGAUGUCUUCUCAACAAUCCUCCGAAGUCCAAACCUAG